AUGCCUGCGACGCGAAAGCACCUGCACAUAUCUAAACCUCGUCGUCGACAACGUUCCGUUUCCCUAACUACCCGUGCUUCACGCUGCGGAGUCAAGAAUUACAUCAAUGUUAUGAAAUCUAUUCAUCCAAACGAAGAGUCCUUUUUUCCUGUAACCAAAGAAUACAUGGAAGAGUAUAUUGCUACAAAAAAGAAGCAAGGCAGCAUCAAGGCAAAUUCGCUAGAUCAAUAUUUCCAACAUAUUGAAAGCUACAAUAUGGCAAUGGGUCAUGGGUGGGACGCUGAAAUAUUUGAGCCGAUGAUGAGAGACGUGUUGGAAGAACUAGAAACGGUUGAAGGAAAGAAUCCAAAGAAGAAAACCGGAAAAGACGAUGAAGUACAGAACGAGAAUGAAAAUACAACAUCCUCGCUCCAACUCACUCUAGUCUGUUACGACAGCUCGUCGUCACCACCAGCUCGCAUCGACUUUACUUCAAAACUCGUCUUACCCGACCUAACCGCAGCAGAUCCUGCGAAUGCCUUGAAACUGAUCUAUGAGACGCUUUCCAAGUAUCGCCCCCCCAAGAGAUGGGGAGAUGUCGACAAAUCUAUGUUGUACUAUCGACUCGAAUCAUGGGACGCAGAUCAGCGCUGUUCGCUGGCAGAUGAAGAAGGUUACAAGACAUUUUGGACUCAUGUGUGCAGCCAGACGGAAACCGGCAACGCAGUACAACUGGUAGUGCACGGAAAGAGGAACACUGGUGGAAACGCUGCGAACGGAGCUCCAAAGACGAAUCUUGUAAUCGGCACAAAUAUCAAUCAUACCCCGACAAAUUUACCUCUUGCGCCGCUCACUCCACGCAAAAGUCCACCACGUUUAUCCAACACUGGGCUUGACAUGAUAACAGGUCUGUUUGGUAUGAAUGAAUUCAAUAAUUUUGAAUUUCCCAAUGCUGAGUAUUCUCCAGUAUCUUCACCGACAUUCCAACAAAUCCGCUCAGUUACGAUUCGCUCGCCAAGUAAAGUCUACAAAAACAACAUUGCCGUAACCGACAACACGACCUUUGAGUCGCUCAUCAACUUUGCCUUCAAAAAACCGCCUCCGCCCGGGAAGCAAUUCGUGUUAAUGAGUGCAAACGGUGAACUCGAAUACAUGCCGGGAGAUGUUGUAAGAAAGGCCAUUCAUGGAGUCGGUCAUGCAGACGUUAUUGUUAGGGUCGAAGAUGUUAGGGAAGUGGAUUUUAGUCAUUUUUGA